UAGUGAAAAGAAUGGCAUUGUUCUUCAUUUUUGCAAAUCUGUCAUGUCUGACUUAAUAGAAGGCAGCUGGAUUCUCAUAUCGGCUUCUGUAUUCAAUCUGUCGUGUUAUCACAUAUCACGUAGUCUCUGGAAAAUGCCACUAUGUACUCAUGAGAGUUAAAAAGGUAAGUAAUGUCUUAGUGAUAUUGUGAAAAUAGUUUUGACCCUGUAGAUUCCUUGAAAGGGCCUCGGGGUCCCUGGACCACACUUUGAGAACCACUGUUCUAGAACAACCUCCACUUGGCAUGAAGGAACUUAUCCUUGAGAAACUGAGUGAUUUGCCUAAAGUCACACAGCAAAUAAAUUGCAUUGUUGGGACUAUAAGCCUUCUGCCUUCUGGUCUGAGGCUUUUUCCAGUACCCUUGGCCGGGCUGGGAUGGGCCUGCUGGGCUUUUGGGAGUGGGGCCUGGGCUUCUUGGCCACAGAAACCCUGGUGUGUGCCCCUAUAAAUAAACCCAUUGUGUCUGCCUGUGCCCCUUCCCUCUCCCCACCCUCAGCAGUUGCUUUUAGUGUCGGGUUAUGCUGUGAACAGGGAACGUUGAGGAUCUGGGGGAGGAGAGAUAAAGGGUAUUGAAAUCUGUAAGCCUUUUGAGCUUGUAACACUGCUGCCCUUCCUCCUGCCCUGCCUGGAAAGGCAGGGGACUGUCCUACUGUCAGUUUGAAAGAACCUAUACCAUGGUCUGGAGGUUCUUGGAGUGCCUGUGAAGAGGAAGUUGGAGGAGGGGUGCAGUGGGCCCCUUCCCCAUGGACACUUGCCUCUCAGAAGGGCUAUUGUGUCUUGGGGCCAGUUGUCUGGAGGAGGAAAGGAAAUUCUUGUCUGCCUCUUUCCCUGAGUGGGGAGGAGACCAGUUGGAAUACUUGGGGCUAAAAGAUGCUUUAGGCCAGAUUAAGGUGGCCACUUUCAGGCUAGGAAUGCCCUGGGGCCUCAGUCCUCAUUUUCCUCCCCACACCCCAGGGCAGCGCAAGGGCUGAUCUUGUCUGGAAGGGAGUGUUUGCUGUGGGUGAAGAAGUUGCUGUUUACAAGUAGACUUUUGGGUGUGACUGGGAUUUCAGAAAGCAGCUGGGGGAUGGGGGGAGCAGAGGGGAAAUGGUUGUGUUACGGAUGAUUCUGUUAUUAAAGUGAGCUCCAUCUCUGCCUUCCCACAGCUGCCCACCCCUCCCCCACCUCCUGGCCCCUUGCUUUUUUCCCUAGAGGACUCCGGGGGGGAACAGCUGGUGAGCGAGGGGCUCAUCAGGGCCCAAAGGCCUUGGCUAAGGGCCAGGGUAAGGGAGCCUGGAGGACAGGCUUGCUGCCAUCUCUCUGGCCCCUUCCUCCCAGGCCUGGACUCUGAGUUUAGGGAGGGGUCUUGCUGGUGCCCUGGCUGGAGAGGGGGUAGGAGCUGCAGACUCUACUCCUUUGAUCUGGCUGACUGAAAGGCCAGGACAGUCCCAUCUUUUGGGGCUGGGGGGCCUUACAUGACUGACUAGGCUGAAGAGAUAGUGGUCACCCAGAUUCACUCAGGGAUAGGGCUGCACCCACCUCAUCCCCGGGUUACCCAGAAACCCCCUGAGCAGCUGUUCCCCCUUCCCUGUCUCUGAAGGAGGGCCAGAGAGGCUCUGCUCUUCCUCCCUUCCGCCCCCUCCCUCCCCUCAGCACUGAGGUCACCUCCCUCUGAAUCAGGCUUUUGCGGGGCGGGAUUGCCCGCUGGCAGUUCUGGCGGGAGAAGCCUCCCAUUCAAGCUCGAGCUCCCACCCACUGCAGCUCCGUCCCUACCCAUCCUGGCCAGCACCAUGUGUUCCAGACCCACAUCCACCAUCUGGGAUAUGGUGUGGGACCACCAGAGGAAUGCCUGAAACCAGGGCCAUCCUGAAAAACCCAGGCCAGGGCUUUUCCUGGGCCCCAGGUGGGCUGAGCACAGAAGCUGUGAGUAGCAGUUGUGGGGCCUGAGGGAGGAUGAGGGUGCUCGGCCCUGGGGAGGUGGGUCCCACUGACCCUGCAGGGACAGCCACUGGGGAACCGACCUGAGUUUUUUUUGGGUUUUUUUUUUUGUGUUUGUUUUUUCUCAUGAGAUUUGGGUCGAAAACCCAGACUCUGAAGGGCCAAAUUCCUAAUUGGGCUCAGAUUGGGAGCUAGAGGUGGUAUUCUCUCUCUCGAUCUUAAUGUUCCCUAGAGGAGGGUAAAGAUGCAGGAAGUUUUCUUUUCAUCAUAGAAAUCUUGAGCUCAAACUCACCCUGCUCACAGCGUGCGUGCGUUGUCUCCCCAGCGCCAAGUUUAAAUGCAGGCCUCUUCCGAGUGACUCAGCAACCCAGGCUGACAGCUUCCUGCCUGCCCUCUGCUUGUGGCCCUGCAGACACAGAGAAAACCCGUCGCCCUGAGUUGGCUGGACCACUUUGGCAGAGGGCAGAAAACUUCUCCCCAAGGUGGGGUUGAGUCACAGCCUGCCUUCAGCCGACAUUUCCGGAGCCUCUCCCAGGCCCUGCUCAGGAUACGGAGACCGACCCCCAUGACCAAGUUGUUGCACUUAGGGGGCUUGUCCCUUGGAGGGUCUCCCCUAGGUCACAGUGGGACUCAGGCCUCCCUGCCCUGGGAUCCCCAGGGGCUCAGAUCAGGAGGGUGGCAGUAGUUGGCUUUGUGGGGUGUGUUGGGUCUCUGCCCUCCUCAACACGCAAAGCCACAUAUACCUACUGCACAGCCAGCCCUCGCAGUCUGGGCCUCAUGCCUAAGCUGGAUGCUUUUUUUUUUUUAUUUUAUUUUAUUUUUUUUAGGAUAAGAUACCCUCCUAAACCACCUUCACCCUUAGUUUGGUUUUUGUUGUGUGAAGAAAACAAAGACUCGAGGUUUCUACUGUUUUAUCUUUCCCUUUUCUGGCCUCCAGACACUGCCCUGUGCAUCCUACUCCCCUCCUUCAUCCCCCUGUUUUUUUUUUACACUCCCCACCCCAGCCCCUCUACUCCUGGAGGUGUCCACUGGGGAACUAAGUGGUGAGGGGGCUGAGGGGACACUGGUGAUCUGUGGGGACAGGCCUCUCCUAGAGCAGUGGGAGCCUCUGCCUGGCAAGAGGAUGGUGGCCCAGAGAUGGGUGAUGUGGGGUGGCCUGGAACUGGUCCAAUGGUGGAGGUAACCCGAGGCCUUUUUUGGUUUUAACCUCUAUUUGUGUAUGUGGGAAGGAGGAUUUUUCCUGAAUUUUUUUCGUUUCUUUCGAGGCCUGUCCAUUUCUAAAUAUAUCAAGCAUGAUAAUGUUGCGAGCAAAAUGAAGUUAUACUUGAUACAUUUUUAUGACGUUAAAAUAACAAAGGACUUUAGAUUGUGGCAGAGUGUUAAAAAAUAAGCAUUACACAGUUUUUCCUUUUAUUCUGGUUUUCAGAAGCCCCCUUCCCAUUAUUGUGCACACAUGCUUGUUCUCUCUCCCUCCCCCAUCCCACCCAGAAAGGAGCAUUCUCCCUUUCUGCUGUUACCCUUUCUCUUUCUAGGGUAUCAGGCAGAGAAGAAUGAGGACUGGGCUGGCCCUGCAGCUGGAGGGCUGGCAGGGACGGGGUUGAAGAGGAGGAGGCCCCUGAGGGCAGGGCAGAGGGGCAGCACCUCACAUCUUCAGGAGACCCUCCUGCUCAGACCCCCUGGGUGACGGGCCUGGGACUCAGAGUCCACUUGCAAGUGAACCGCUGAAGUAGCAGUGGGCUCCAAAACGUGAAAAGCCUCCAUUUAUUGAGUCCAUGCAAGACACUCUACAUAUCUCACUUCAUGCUCCAACAGCCCUUUGGACUAAGUAUUCUUAUCCCCAUUUUACAGGUGAGGAACAGAUUUUGCAGAGUCAGAUUCUAACCCAGAUCUCUCUAACUGCAAAGCUCUGAGAGCACCGGGACCAACUACACAGAGCACACAGUACAACGUGUGUGUACAGAGAGGUUGCAUAGGAAGGGGGGACCCAGGCCCGUCCACUGUGCUUUGUGAACCUGCCAUAUGAUGUGGGCAGCAUCCUUUGCCUCUGGAGCGUGCUGCAGACCAGGCUGGCACCCCCGCCUUGCCCUCCUUUUCUGAGGCAAGGUGACCAUUCUGGCUGCUUGCAUGAGUGUGCCAGCCUGGGUGAGAAGGCAGAGACAGCCUGCGGGGCUUCUCUCACUUGUCCCCAGGGCCUGAUGUCGGAGGCCAUGGACCAGCCGGCCGGGAGCCCUGGAAACCCGAAGCCAGGAGAGGGUGGUGAGGGCAGCAUGGAGCCGGGCACCUGCCAGGAGCUCCUGCACCGGCUGCGGGAGCUGGAGGCAGAGAACUCGGCACUCGCCCAGGCCAAUGAAAACCAGCGGGAGACCUACGAGCGCUGUCUGGACGAGGUUGCCAACCAUGUGGUGCAGGCGCUGCUGAACCAAAAGGACCUGCGGGAGGAGUGCAUCAAGCUGAAGAAGAGGGUAUUUGACCUGGAACGGCAGAACCAGAUGCUGAGCGCCCUGUUUCAGCAGAAACUUCAGCUCACAGCAGGCUCCCUCCCUCAGAUCCCACUCGCCCCACUCCAGCUGCCUUCAGAGCCACCAGCCUCUCCCUCCCUGAGCUCCGCUGAGGGACCGGCCACCUCGCUGCCUCUGGGGCGCUGUGCUGGGCAGAGAGAGGUGUGUUGGGAGCAGCAGCUGCGGCCAGGAGGCCCAGGACCCCCGGCCGCCCCACCCCCAGCGCUGGAGGCCCUAUCCCCGUUCCUUCGAAAGAAAGCCCAGAUCCUGGAGGUGCUGAGAGCCCUGGAAGAGACUGACCCCUUGCUUCUGUGCUCACCUGCCACCCCCUGGCCGCCUCCAGGCGAGGGUUCCGGCUCCCCAGAGCCCAUCAAUGGCGAGCUAUGUGGCCCACCUCAGCCUGAACCCUCUCCCUGGGCCCCCUACCUGCUACUAGGUCCUGGUAGCCUGGGAGGCCUGCUGCACUGGGAGCGCCUCUUAGGGGCCCCAGGGGAGGAAGAGAGUGCUGGGCGGCCCUGGGGCCCUAGUAGGGGCUCCCCACAGGCCCAGGGCACCGGUUCCGGGCCACCCUGCGCCCCAGGCAGCAGCUCCUCCUCCUCUUCUGAUGAGGCAGGUGACCCCAACGAGGCACCCAGCCCUGACACCCUGCUCGGGGCCCUGGCCCGCAAACGGUUGAACCUGGGCCAGCUCCUUGAGGACACAGAGUCUUACCUACAGGCCUUCUUGGCCGGGGCUGCUUGCCCACUCGGCGGGGAACAGCCGGGUCCCAGGCAGCCAUCCUCCCCAGACCAGGGGCCCCAACAGCUGUCCAAGUCCAAAGGCCUCCCCAAGUCAGCUUGGGGAGGGGGUACCCCGGAGGCCCACAGGCCGGGCUUUGGUGCUACCUCAGAGGGCCAGGGGCCCCUCCCCUUCCUCAGCGUGUUCAUGGGUGCAGGGGACGCCCCCCUGGGCUCACGGUCUGGCCACCCCCACUCCUCAUCUCAGGUGAAAAGCAAGCUCCAAAUUGGCUCCCCUUCUCCCGGGGAAGCCCAAGGACCCCUUCUGCCCUCUCCAGCCAGAGGUCUCAAGUUUCUAAAGCUGCCUCCAGCCUCAGAGAAGGUACCCAGCCCAGGGGGCCCCCAGCUCAGCCCCCAGCUCCCCCGGAACUCCCGAAUCCCCUGUCGGAACAGUGGCUCAGACGGCAGCCCCUCCCCGCUGCCGGCCCGCAGGGGUCUGGGCGGAGGAGAGCUGUCCCCAGAGGGGGUGCAGGGUCUGCCCACCAGCCCGUCACCCUGCCCCACAACCCCAGAUUCUGCACAGCUCAGACCUCCCCAGCCAGCCUUGUCCACUACGCUUUCCCCGGGACCAGUGGUGUCUCCUUGCUACGAGAACAUUCUGGACCUUUCCCGGAGCACCUUUAGGGGGCCUUCCCCAGAGCCACCUCCAUCUCCGCUGCAGGUGCCCACCUACCCACAACUAACUCUGGAGGUGCCACGGGCCCCUGAGGUCCUCAGAAGCCCUGGAGUCCCCUCCAGCCCUUGCCACCCAGAAUCCUGCCCCUAUGAGAGUGCCCAGGAGAAGAGUUUGGACAAGGCAGGCUCGGAGUCUCCCCACCCUGGCCGCAGGACCCCCGGCAGCUCGUCCAAGAAACCUGGUCAGGGGCCAGGCCGGCGACCUGGGGAUCCUGGCUACACACCUCUGCGGGACAGACUAGCAGCCCUGGGGAAACUGAAGACUGGCCCCGAGGGGCCCCAGGGCCCAGAAAAGAAUGGGGUGCCAGCUAGGCCUGGCACCGAGAAGGCCCGGGGAGGAGGGAAGUCAGGGGAGAGCACUGGAGACACAGCGCCCUCUGCCUCCAGGCCCCCUGAGCAGCCAGAAGCCAAGGGGGCCCUGCGGGGGGCCGUGGCCUUAGGCACAAGCAGCCUGAAGCAACAGGAAUCUGGGCUCCUGGGGGACCCUGGGUCCCGAGUCUACUCUUCCCACUCCAUGGGGGCCCGGGUGGACCUGGAGCCUGUCUCACCAAGGAGCUGCCUCACCAAAGUGGAGCUGGCCAAGAGCCGGCUGGCAGGGGCCCUGUGCCCCCAGGUACCCCGCACCCCUGCCAAAGUGCCAACCUCAACCCCCAGCCUCGGCAAGCCCAAUAAGAGUCCCCAUGGCAGCCCGACAAAGCUGCCUUCUAAGUCGCCCACCAAGGUGGUGCCCCGACCUGUGGCCCCACCAGCCACCAAGGAGCCCCCCAAACCUGACAAGGGGAAGGGCCCACCCUGGGCAGACUGCAGCGGCACUACGGCCCAGCCCACACCCCCAGCACCUGGCCCUGCCGACCCAGGCCCAGGCCCUGAGGGGCGGGCCCCACACUCGGCCAUUGAGGAGAAGGUGAUGAAGGGCAUCGAGGAGAACAUGCUGCGGCUCCAGGGCCAGGAGCGGGCCCCCGGCACCGAGGCCAAGCACCGCAACGCUAGCAGCAUCGCCAGCUGGUUCGGCCUUAAGAAGAGCAAGCUGCCAGCGCUGAACCGCCGCACAGAGGCCGCCAAGGGCAAGGAAGGGGCUGGCGGGGGCUCCCCGCUCCGGAAGGAGGUCAAGAUGGAAGCCCGGAAGCUGGAGGCCGAGAGCCUCAACAUCUCCAAGCUGAUGGCCAAGGCAGAAGACCUGCGCCGGGCACUGGAGGAGGAGAAGGCCUACCUGAGCAGCAGGGCCCGGCCACGGCCCGGGGGACCAGCGCCAGGGCCCGGUGCAGGCCUGGGGCAGGUGCAGGGCCAGCUGGCCGGCAUGUACCAGGGUGCGGACACUUUCAUGCAGCAGCUGCUCAACAGGGUGGAUGGCAAGGAGCUGCCCCCCAAGAGCUGGCGGGAGCCCAAACCUGAGUAUGGCGAUUUCCAGCCAGUGUCCUCUGACCCCAAGAACCCCUGGCCGGCCUGUGGGCCCCGAAAUGGCCUGGUGGGCCCUCUUCAGGGCUGCGGAAAACCUCCUGGGAAGCCAAGCAGCGAGCCGGGGAGGCGGGAAGAGAUGCCCUCAGAGGACAGUCUGGCUGAGCCAGUGCCCACCUCACAUUUCACAGCCUGUGGCUCUUUGACUCGAACUCUGGACAGUGGCAUUGGGACCUUCCCGCCCCCAGACCAUGGCAGCAGUGGGACCCCCAGUAAGAAUCUUCCCAAGACCAAGCCGCCACGGCUGGAGCCCCCGGCCGGGGUGCCCCCAGCUCGGCCCCCACCCCUUACCAAAGUCCCCCGCCGUGCCCACACACUGGAGCGUGAGGUGCCUGGCAUAGAGGAGCUGCUGGUGAGCGGGCGGCACCCCAGCAUGCCGGCCUUCCCCGCCCUGCUCACCGCUGCUCCGGGCCACCGGGGCCAUCAGACCUGUCCCCACGGUGAGUGCCUGGGCAGGGGGGUGGGCCUCUCUGGGAGCUCCACCCACCACCCACCUUCCCCUUGUCCCCGGAUAGAUCCUUGUGAAGACCCAGGCCCUCCUGCUCCUGUCCAGCUGGCCAAGAACUGGACCUUCCCCAACGCGAGGGCAGCCAGCGGCUCCUCUGACCCUUUCCUAUGCCCACCCCGACAACUGGAGGGGCUGCCCAGGACCCCCAUGGCCCUGCCCGUGGACGUGGACGGAAAGCGGAGCCUGGAGCCCAGCCGCCCAGCUCCUGCGCCCCAGGGCCCAGCGUUUGGGGGGAGCCGCACCCCCAGCACAUCGGACGUGGGCGAGGAAGGGAGAGUGGCCAGUGGGGGCCCCCCGGGGCUGGAGACCUCAGAGUCUCUCAGUGACUCACUCUAUGACUCGCUGUCCUCCUGCGGGAGUCAGGGCUGAGCGGUUGCAGCGGCCACGCCCCGCUCUGGCGUCGGCUCGCCUCACGCCCCGCCCCCUCGGGGCCCGUGGGGCCCCUCCCUGAAGGGACCAAGGAGGUAGAUGGACAAGAAGGUGAAGGGGGUCCCCGGCACACCCCACUGCCCGCCGCUGCUGUGGAGGAGAUGACCGCUCUCAGCUCAGGGAGAGACCCCACCCUUGGUCCCUUCUCUCACCCAGAGUAAGGCUCUUCCUCUGCGGGACUGGGGGUUCGAGGCCGCUGUGUCCCGGCCCCCAGCUCCCACUUCAGGCUGAGCCAUCUUGUGGUGCUGGGCUUCCUGCCCACCAGCCGUGCCAUCUCCACCCACCCUGGCAGCUCCCCUGCCUCAGAAGCCCCGUGCUGGUGGAGUUCAGGGGCGAGGGGUCAAGUUGCCUUCUCUCUGUCUGCCCUGGCCCUCCCCGCUGUCUGGAUGGUGCUGCCCUCUCCUGCCCCAUGUCUUUGGGGCCCAUUUGUUGUCUUUUUUGUUGUUGUUUUUUUUUUAUAUUAAAGCACCUGGCCCAGUCUCCACCCGCCCGCGCCCCUUCCCCCCAUCCCCGCACUGCGGUUAAUUUAUCUGUUGUUAAAAAACGCGGCUGCUCUGCUUCCAGCCUCUGCUUCUGCCGUAUCCCUAAUAAAACGUGGAGGCCCCUCCCUGCCCCUGACUCAGCUCAUUCUGUGGGAGGACUCAGGGAUGGACAGGCAGGUGGAGACUGCGUGGGCACCGGGGUGCAGGACUCCAGGGCCCUGGACUCUGCUCCAGGCUCCCUUGUGAGGCAGCUCCCUCCACCAGGGCCACUGGCUGGAGUCACCCUAGAAGGUAACUAAGGGUUGGGGAAGUGGGGUCUGUUUAGACCUGGAAUGGUGCCUGGGGGUGGGGAAAUUUCCCUGGCACAGGGCUUGGGCGGGGCAGAAGGCUGGGCUGCCCCUUGGAGAGAAGAAGAUGGGGAGGGUGUCUUUGGGCGUGCGCUCAAACCCUGGACAUACCAGCUCAGGUGGGACGUGCAGACUCUGAGCUUCAGGGGCCCAGGAGUAGACAGAGUUAAGUGUCCACACCUCCCGUUGUCGUGAAGUGAGGCGCAACUGGGCCUCCAACUUGCCGCCUUCUAGUCUCUCCACAGACUUUGGGCUUUCCUCAGAGCUUCUUGCCCCUAUUUCUACCUCAGAUUUCAGCCAGAAGUUCCCCUGGCUCUCAAAUUCUUACUUUAGGAUGGGGAGGCCAGGAAUGAGGCGGUGUGGAAGGGUCUCCGUGUGACGUGAGAAGGCCAUGGGGUGAGUGGUUGUCGCCCUCCAGCCCUUGGAUUUCCUGUUAGGCGUGGAGUUGGACAGUGACCUGAAGGUGACCCAGGUGGCCCCAGCCCAUCUCACAGUGGCCAGUCAAGUUGAGCCUAUAGGAAGGCCUCCUUCCGGCCCAGGUUGCAAGCUGUGGGGUGACUCGUCCAGAGCACACCCGCUGCCGUUGUCUGCACUCACCGUCUCCCCAUGACAUACCGUCUGGAGGCCACCUGGGCAUCAUGCAUGCUUAACACCCCUGGCCUUGUGGCUGGGACUCUGGACAGUUCAUCAUGGAGAUAGGGGGCCCUGUACUGAAUACAUGGUCUUUGUUGACAUCACAGGCUUGCCAAGCUGAGGUAAGGGGUGCCUGGACAGGGAGUAGUGCUGGGCCUGUUCACAACUCGGUUAUACCACUGGAUGCUAUCCUGUACUCUGACCAGCCCAAGGAAGGUCAGGGGCGGGGAGGUUGUUAACGCCUCCCUUUAUACUAGCUCCUUCCAGCAGUGUCUCUCCAGCCCUGAAUGGUCCAGAGAGCAGUGAAAGAACUCCCCGUUAAAUACCUACCGUAUUGCCAGCCUCCUGAUUCAUUUCAUAGAUGAAGACAUUGAAGCUCAAAAACAUUCAAUGGGGGAGUUUCUUGGUGGUCCAGUGGUUAAGACUCU